UUGGGAUUUGCUUCAUCUUACCUUAAAAGUCCUUUCAUUUUUCUGGUUUUAAGGUAGAAGCUGCAGAACCCUUCUUUACCUUUGUAUAAGGGAGAUGAAGCUGUCUCUUUCACUUGCUUUCAAUGCUACAUUAUUGUUGCUUCAAGUUUGCUGCGUGUUCUUUGCAGAAGCCAGGUUUUCAAAUGAGACUGACAUGAAAGCUUUGCUUGAGUUCAAGUCUCAAGUUUCUGAAAACAAGAGAGAGCUCUUGGCCUCAUGGAAUCAUUCCUCCCCAUUUUGCAAUUGGAUUGGGGUCUUAUGUGGUCGCAAAGAAGGAAGAGUUAUAAGUCUGGACCUUGGAGGAUUCAAGUUGGCCGGUGCAAUCUCUCCUUCCAUUGGUAAUUUCUCUUUUCUCAGAUUACUUAAUCUUGGGGACAACUCUUUUGGAGGUAUCAUCCCUCAAGAGGUGGGAAUGCUAUUUAGGCUUCAGUACUUAAACAUGAGCUACAAUCUUCUCCAAGGAAGGAUUCCACCUAGUCUUUCUAACUGCUCUAGACUGUUGAACCUUGAUUUAUCGUCAAACCAUCUUGGACAUAGCAUUCCUUCCCAACUAGGCUCACUUUCUAAGCUUGUCAUUCUGUUUCUGGAGGAAAACAACCUUACGGGCCAGUUCCCCACAUCUUUAGGAAACUUGACAUCACUCCAGGAACUUGACUUUGCAUAUAACCAUAUGGAUGGGGAGAUUCCAGAUGAUGUAGCUAGAUUGAGUCAAAUGGUGUAUUUCCAAGCAGCAGUGAAUCAGUUUUCAGGUGUUUUUCCUCAUGCACUGUACAACAUGUCCUCACUUGUGUAUUUAUCCCUAGCCACCAAUAGGUUUUCGGGUAAUCUUAGGGAUGAUUUUGGUGAUCUUCUACCAAACCUAAGUAUACUUCUUCUAGGAGAAAAUCAGAUUACCGGAGCUAUUCCCAUGACACUUACCAAUAUCUCAAGCCUUGGAAGGUUUCAUAUCAGUUAUAAUUACCUGACAGGAAGUAUCCCUCUCAGCUUUGGAAAAUUACGGAAUUUGUGGUGGUUAGGGAUUAGUUAUAACGCUCUGGGGAAUAACUCGUUCAGUGGUCUUGAAUUUAUUGGUGCUUUGGCGAACUGCACUCAAUUAGAGUACUUAGAUGUUAGUUACAACAAACUUGGAGGUGAGCUGCCAGCCUCCAUAUCGAAUCUGUCCACUAUAUUGACUAGUCUGUCCCUUGGAGGAAAUCUUAUCUAUGGGACCAUUCCUCGUGACAUAGGGAAUCUUGAAAGCCUGCAAAAACUCAGUUUAGAAACAAAUUUUUUGACAGGAGGACUUCCAGUCUCUUUCGGGAAGCUUUUGGAAUUGCGAGUGUUGGAUCUGUAUUCAAAUGCAAUAUCGGGGGAAAUACCAUCCUAUUUUGGCAACAUGACUCAGUUGCAAAAGCUCCAUUUGAAUAACAAUAGUUUCCACGGAAAGAUCCCUCAGAGUCUUGGACGUUGUCAAUACUUGCUAGACCUAUGGAUUGAUACAAAUAGGUUGAGUGGGACUAUACCUCAGGAAAUACUGCAAAUUCCAUCCCUCGGUUACAUAGAUUUGUCAGACAAUUUGUUGACCGGCCAUUUUCCGGAAGAGGUUGGAAAAUUAGAACUUCUUGUUGGACUAGGUGCUUCGAACAACAGAUUAUCAGGACAGGUCCCACAAGCUAUAGGGGGUUGUCUCUCAAUGGAAUUUCUCUAUAUGCAAGGAAAUUCGUUUGAGGGAGCCAUUCCAGAUAUAAGACGGUUGGUAAGCCUAACCAAAGUUGACCUCUCUAACAACAAUCUCUCUGGCCCCAUACCUCGAUAUCUGGCCAACCUUCCUUUGCUGCAAAACCUGAAUCUUUCUAUGAACAAGUUCGAAGGAAGGGUGCCAACGAUAGGAGUGUUUCGAAAUGCUUCAACAGUUUCUGUAUUUGGAAAUGAAAAUCUAUGCGGAGGCGUCAGAGAAAUGAAACUAAAGCCAUGCACUGUGCAGGCAUCACCAAGGAAGAGAAAGCCUCUCUCACUUAGAAAAAAAGUUGCCAGUGGUAUUGGUAUAGGUAUAGCUUCACUUUUGCUAUGCAUAAUUGUGGCUUCUCUGUGUUGGUUCAAGAAUAGAAGAAAAAAGAAGAACGAUGCCAGUGGUAGUAACCCAUUUGAUUCUACUGUGGGGAUAAUCUAUGACAAGAUAAGUUAUGAAGAGCUUCAUAAUGCAACAAAUGGCUUCUCUUCAAGCAAUCUGAUUGGUUCAGGCAACUUUGGUAAUGUGUUUAAAGGAUUGCUUGGCCUUGAGAAUAAACUCGUUGCUAUUAAAGUUCUGAACCUCCUGAUGCGUGGAGCAACUAAAAGCUUUGUGGCAGAAUGCGAAGCCUUCAAGCGUAUAAGGCAUCGUAACCUUGUGAAACUAAUAACAGUUUGUUCAAGCUUCGAUUCUGAAGGAAAUGAAUUCAGAGCUCUGGUCUAUGAGUUCAUGCCAAAAGGAAGUCUGGAUAUGUGGCUGCAGUCUGAAGAUUUAGAACUGGAAAAUGAGCACUCGAGACUCCUAACACUUGCAGAGAAACUCAACAUAGCAAUAGAUGUGGCUUCUGCUUUGGAGUAUUUGCAUGUUCAUUGUCAUGACCCGUUAGCUCAUUGUGAUGUUAAGCCAAGCAACGUUCUUCUAGACGAUGAUCUGACUGCUCAUGUUAGUGACUUUGGUUUGGCUCGGCUCCUCUAUAAAUAUGAUCGAGAAUCUUUUCUAAACCAGUUUAGUUCUGCCGGUGUCAGAGGCACCAUUGGCUAUGCCGCACCAGAAUAUGGAAUGGGAGGCCAACCAUCAAUACAAGGAGAUGUGUACAGCUUUGGAAUUCUACUUUUGGAGAUGUUUGCUGAAAAGAAACCGACAGAUGAAUCAUUUGUAGGCGAUUAUAACCUCCACAGCUACACUGAGUCAUUAUUGUCGGGUUGUAUGAGCAGUGGAGGCAGCGACGCCAAUGAUGAGUGCUUGAGACUGGUUUUGCAGGUGGGAGUAAGGUGUUCUGAAGAAUAUCCAAGGGAUAGGAUGCGAAUUGCUGAAGCAGUACGAGAAUUAAUCUCAAUCAGAUCUAAGUUCUUCAGUUCCAAGACAACUAAUAAAGAGCUAAGUCCUCGGGAUGCUCCACAAAGUUCUCAUCAGGAAUGGAUGUUAAAUGAUGACAUGCAUACAAUCUAGGCCAAAGCGAGGACGCACAAUCACCCUCUCAGCUACUUAUGGACAACUGUGAAUAUGGUCAUGCUUUAUCGAAACACAACAAUGUUGGGAGUGACUACUUAUUAUAUAUCAAGGAAAUAAAGAACGUUUGUAAUCUAGCUCUGUUGCAGCCUUUAAUCACUUUAACUCUUUUUCUGUUGUAGGUGCAAAUGAUUAUGACCACAUAGAUAUGGUUGUUGAACAUCCUUUUUCGUUUUGAAACACAAUGUAGUUCUCUACGCCCUUAAAGAUUGAGCAAAA